GUUAUCGUUGUUUUGCAUUGUCACAAUCCAAAGUUUGCCUCCUCGCCACACAAUCGAACGGUCGACGCUUGCAGCAGGGCCACCGGUUCGCGCAGCGAGCGACGAUGUCACAAGCUCUUUUAGCAAAUCGUCUAAUAGGCAGCCGUCUAUGCCCACUUCGACAACGAGCGCUUCGGCAAGCGGCGCCAUGCAAACCACCCGUGGUCCUCUCGCGGCGAACCUCGACCCAAGUCCGCGCGGAGACGCAGCGUCGAGGUGGACUUGGCGACGACGAUAUCGACGUGGCUGUGUUCCGGUUCACGCUGGGCAUCCCGGGUUUCGACGACAGGUUUAUCCCGCGCGUGGUGGGCCUUGCCCUCGGCGCGCUGCUGGUGGUGAACCACGUCCUGGGCGCGGACCCCACCCCCGAGGCCCAGGUGCGGUGCGAGUGGCUGGGCGCGCUGCUGGCGUCCCUGUGUGUGCUGGUGCCCGACAUAGAGGAGCGCCUGCGCGAGGCCAUGCCGGGCCGCGGGCGCCAGAAGGCGGCGGAGGCGAUUGAGGGCAGCGCCAACGGCUUCUUCCUGGAGCCCAGCCUGCAGGAGGCGGCGAAGAAGGAGCUGGCGUGGGCCUCCUUCUCGCUGCUCAAGAACACCAACUGCUGCGGCGUGGCGGUGGCGGCGGGCGGCAGGGUGCUCAUGGCGCGCGGCGCGCUGGGCUCGGGUGUGGUGGCGCCGGGCAACGCGGCCGCCUCCCUGGCAGCCAUGAGCAAGGACCUGUCGGCUGUCUCGGGCAGCAGCAAGGUGGCGGAGGCGCUGGCGGGCGCCGCCGCCGGCUCGCAGCAGCUAUGGCUGCCGGACCGCGGCGGCUUUGGCGGCUCGGGCGCGGGCUCUCUGGCGCUGCUGCCGGCGGGCGCGCAGUGUCUGCUGGUGCAGCACAUCCCGCUGCCCGGCGGUGGCCCGGCGGCGCUCAUUGUAUUUUCGGAGCGGCCCAGGGCUCUGGCGGACCGUGAGCGCGGCUGGGUGGCGGCGGUGGCGAACAAGCUAGCGGCCUUUGUGUGAGGCGUAGUGGCUUGUGCGGCAGUGGAUUUGGGGGGCGCCAAGGUGUCUAGGUGUGGGCCGCACGUGAGCUGCUACUGUAGUGUAGGUACGGUAGUUGGUGGAGCUGUCCGGACUCGGGAGGUCGGACCGUCGGAGUAAUGAGGAAUCAGGUCAGGUUAGGUGGCACGGAGCUGCAGAGCUGACAAGACAUGGUGAGGUUGCAGGUACGCCGGCAUACGCAGGCUGACGCAGCUGAGUCAUCUCCCAAACGGACGCCGUCAGCAUACGUGCUCUGGAGCUGGGAUGCGGCUCUUAUUUCCGCUGGAUGUCAACUUCCCUGUGCAAAAUGCCGAACAUCGCGCGUCAGCGCAGUUCGUGUGAACUACGCUCUCUGCUGCGUCUGCUAAUGGUAGCCUGCAUACACUGCCCUGCUGAUGGAUCACAUGCUUCUACGAGCAGGGGAGGAGUGCGAUCUCCACCUGGAUCCAACCCCCAGUGCUGCAAUCAUAUGUAGCUGUAAACCGCACUCGUG